AUGACCAGACCGGAGAUUCAAGCAACCGACACUUGGAAUUCCUGGCUCCCGUUCUUUUCAUCAAAUCCAAACCUAUUUUUACAAAUCAGCCAAUGCACCUCAUGGAAUGAAGGCAUUGCCUCUCCGGUUCUCAACGUCUGGCGCCCUGGAUAUUUUGGGGUCUCCCUCCCACGAAUAGGGUCCGACCCCAUUAAAUUGAACGGCUCAAACGAUCUCAUCGUCACAUUACACGGAGAUGACAUAAUGGAAACCCUCAAGGCAAAGGGCUCAGGUGAAAGUAAUUCUCAGUCGACAGGGUCAGCGGUUGGGAUCGAAAUUACCCCACAUCGCUUCUUCAGAUGCCGUGUGUGUUACUGCCAUCGUGGAACUAUAUCUUUGCCCAUUGGUGAGCUAUGGAGCUUUACUGAGAUCGACGGCGAGCACUAUCAAUUCAAGCGGGUUGAUGAUGGUGUAAAUAAAAGCGUACCCACAAGGUCACUCGUAUGGCAGUUCUGCAAUAGCUGGGCACCGCCGAAAGAUCUUCCUGCGGACUUGCCAUUCGCCGUGAAUCGAGACGCCCGAGUCUGUCGAAUUAACGAGUUAGGCAAUGAUUAUGAACCAAGAUUCGGCAAAAGCCUCGCUGUAAUGAAUCGAGAGGGAUGCGUUCUCUUCGAUGAGGUGGAAUCAAAAAUGGCUGGGAUUCAGAGUGAUGCUAAGCAGUGGUUGAUUCUGCUGUCGGCCCUAGCUAUUGCGAGGUAUGAAGGUUGGCUAGUAAACUGA